UUUACCUUGCCCUCUCCGCGACACACAUACACAAGCAGCCGAUUUAAUGGUGAAAAACUCUCUCUUUCGUCAAACAGUCGUGUAUUUGCUGUCGAGCGAGUAGAGAGCACUUUUGGGAGUUUAAACAAAACCAAACGAAACUAUUGUUUAUUUAUGCUUCCUGGCCAUCACAGAAUCUCAGAAAACAAUUCCAUUCCCUGAGAUUCCACUCCAUUGUUGAAGCGAAAACGUUGAAGUGAAAAUCCCCUGGAAAUUUGGAAAAUCGAUACGAUUGAUCCGUAAUUAAAAGUAUGCUGAUAACUUGCACUCCCCCCUUUUCGUUGUAGUGUGUCAGUCGUUGAAAAAUUAAGAGAUUGAAAGCCACAGAAUCCGGAGACCAAAAGCACAGAUCCAGACCAGAGAAUUAAAUAACCGAAGGCCAACAUGGGUAACGAGACCUCCCUGCCCAUGGACAUGUGCUCCAACUUCGAUGCGGACGAGAUCCGAAGGUUGGGGAAGCGAUUCCGGAAAUUGGAUCUGGACAAUUCCGGAGCUUUAAGCAUAGAUGAGUUCAUGUCGUUGCCGGAAUUGCAGCAAAAUCCGCUUGUUCAGCGAGUAAUUGAUAUUUUCGAUGCGGAUGGCAACGGAGAGGUGGACUUUAAAGAGUUCAUUCAAGGAGUAUCGCAAUUUAGCGUACGCGGUGAUAAGCUAUCCAAGUUGCGAUUUGCCUUCCGGAUUUAUGAUAUGGACAAUGAUGGCUAUAUCUCCAAUGGUGAACUCUUCCAGGUGCUCAAGAUGAUGGUUGGAAACAAUUUAAAGGACACACAAUUGCAGCAGAUCGUUGAUAAGACCAUUUGUUUUGCGGACAAGGACGAAGAUGGCAAAAUAUCGUUCGAUGAAUUUUGUUCAGUGGUGGGCAACACCGAUAUUCACAAGAAAAUGGUUGUUGAUGUUUAGGAGCCAUACAUAUAUAUAUAUAUAAUAUAUACAUACUAUAUAGUAUAUAGUAGGAUUCCAAAAUGAGUGUGUGUACCUUCCCUUCCUUGAAACCUGUUCAGCUUUAUAAUAAAUGGUCUGUCUGUGAGUCUGCGUGAGGGCGUUUGAGGCGUGCCAAAAACGAUGCAGUUUAUUCGAUUUAUUGAUAUACCUAUCGCAUAUAGUACACUUAGACCCAACACCUGAUCGAUCUCUCAUCCUCAGAAUGCAAUGAAUUGUGUCUUAUACUCAUACUUGAAACCACCGGCAACGGACCACUCACUUUAUCAAUUCAUCACCCUUUUUCAAGCAUACUUUCUAGAACUUUCCCUCCCAUUCGAAA